AUGAAUGGGAGCCUUUUUGGUAAGGUGGCAGAUUCCGAAGCCGUCGCCGUCAUUGGUUUAUCACUUAGAUUCCCCCAAGAUGCCAGUUCACCGGCUGAAUUUUGGGAAAUGCUCAUGAAAGGGAAAAGUGCAAGAACGGAAGUUCCAAAGGAUAGAUAUUACAUUGAUGGAAUCAAGCAAGCUGGCAAAAUCAAUGUCACCCAAGGUCAUUUUAUGAAAGAGAAUAUUUCCACGUUUGAUGCAUCCUUCUUUUCAUUUACAGAAGCGGAGGUAAUCUCUAUGGACCCUAUGCAAAGGUGGCUCUUGGAAGUCACCUAUGAGGCAAUUGAAAACAGUGGACUUAAAAUGCAACAAAUCAAAGAAUCUUCAACUUCAGUUUUUAUUGGGUCUUUCUUGGGAGAAUAUGAGAAGAUUCUCGGCCGAGAUCCCCAGCUGUCGAGCAAGUAUAAGUCUUCGGGAGCGGCAACAUCAAUGCUGGCAAAUCGUAUCAGUUGGUUUUACGAUCUCAGAGGGCCGUCACUAGCAGUAGAUACUGCCUGCUCAAGUAGCAUGUACGCAUUCCAUCUUGCAUGCCAAAGCAUUCGCUCCGGAGAAACCGAAAUGGGUAUAGUGGGUGGAAGCAAUGUAAUGCUAAAUCCAGGUACCACACAAGACCUAGCAGACCUUGGGUUCCUCUCCCCAGAUGGUACUAGCUAUGCUUUUGAUGAGCGCGCAAAUGGUUAUGGCCGCGGUGAAGGAAUAGGGGUUGUCAUAGUGAAAGCUCUAUCAAAGGCGAUACGAGAUGGUGAUACUAUCAGGGCAGUGGUCAGAGCGACAGGAGUGAAUCAAGACGGACAUACUCCAGGAAUUACUCAGCCAAGCCAAAGUGCUCAAGAAGACAUGAUACGCGACACAUACGCCUCCGCUUCUCUGGACAUGGGCAAGACUGCAUUCGUGGAAGCCCACGGAGUCGGUACAACACUAGGGGAUCCCACGGAAGCUACUGCCAUCGGGAACGUGUUCAGAGACUCACGUAAAAAUGAUGUUCCAAUAUUGAUUGGAGCAGUAAAAACAAACAUAGGUCAUCUGGAAGGGGCAAGUGGCGUGGCAGGCUUAAUAAAAACAAUCCUCGCUCUCGAAAAGGGGGUUAUACCACCAAACAUUUGGUUUGAGAGGGUAAAUCCCAGCAUUGAUGUUGACCAUCUAAGAAUUGAAUUUCCAACUAAGCCAAAGUCCUGGCCAGUAGAUGGAGUGCGAAGAGCCUCGGUUAAUUCUUUCGGGUUCGGCGGCGCCAAUGCCCACGCCGUACUUGACGACGCCUACCAUUACUUGAAACAUCACCAGAUUGAUGGAAAUCACUCAACAGUAAUAUCACCAUCGCCAUGUAGUCGGCUUAACGGGUUUCAUCAGAAGAUUCCGAAUGGCAUUACCAAUGGUGUUUCCCAUAACCACCAUGGCGACGACUCAGAAGAGGAACUCGAAAGGCAGUUAUUUGUAUUUUCCGCAGCGAGUGAAGCGAGCCUACAAUGCUUGGUAGAAAUUUACUUCAAGUCAUUGCCACAACACGGAGACAAUUCCUACUUGAGAAAUCUAGCCUUCACCCUCUCCGAAAAGAGGACCUCCUUGCCAUGGAAGUUAUUCUCGUCGUCAAACUCGAUAGAUGAUCUCAAAAAGACUCUGUCAAACAAUGCCCUUGCCAAGGUCAAGUCAUUAGAAGUACCAAAACUGUGCUUCAUUUUCACAGGACAAGGGGCAGCUUGGUAUGCUAUGGGUCGCAAACUUCUGUCUCAUCAAGUGUUCUUAAACAGUAUACAGACCUCAGAGGCAUUCCUACAUGCCCUAGGCUGCCAAUGGUCAAUCACUGAGGAACUUUUGAAAGAUGAAAAAAGCACUAGGCUCAAUGAAGCCGUAGUCAGUCAGCCCGUGUGCACAGCUCUCCAGAUUGCUAUACUACAGUUGCUUGUAAGCUGGAAAAUCAAACCGAAGUAUGUCCUCGGCCAUUCAUCAGGCGAGAUAGCCGCCGCAUACGUAGCCGGAGGAAUCUCACAUGAAUCCGCUUGUGCCAUUGCCUAUCAUCGAGGUCAAGUGACAUUACUGAAGCAGGGAGAUAAACCUGAGUCAAUGCUAGCCGUCGGCCUUUCAGGUCCCCGAGUCAAAAUGUAUUUCCAGUUGCCAGAACACCGCGACCGAUACAUUUAUAUCGCUUGUUACAAUAGCCCGACAAGUACAACAAUUUCAGGAGAUAAAGCAGACCUUGAAGCUUUUCAAGUGUUCCUUGAAAAAGAAAAUGUUUUUGCGAGAAGACUCCCAGUCAAUAUCGCAUACCAUUCGCCUCGGAUGAAUGAAAUUUCAGCACAGUACAAUAAACUAAUCCACUCGAUAUCGCCUGGGACCCCAUUAUAUCCUGAUAUAGCGAUGAUAUCCUCCUUGAGAGGCUCUCAAAUUUGUGCAACUGAAGCCUCCAACCCACAAUACUGGGUGGAUAACAUGGUUUCGCCUGUUCGGUUUCUACAAGCCAUGGAGAGUCUACCAAACUUUCAAGUGGUCAACGGGCACUCAAAAGAAGAGCACAAUCUAAACUUCUUAGAAAUUGGCCCUCACUGUACACUGAAAAGUGCCGUACAUGACUUCUUGGUUUCUAAAUCAAAAGAAAGUGGCGCAAAGUACACUUCCAUACUCAUGCGUCAUAAGUGCGCAUUGGAUACUUCUCUCCGCGCUGCUGGAGAGGUUUAUUGUUGGGGUCAUAGUGUGGACAUUAAUAUGGUUAACCGGAAAGAGGGCGCUCCACCACCUCGAAUGUUGGUUAAUUUGCCAUCCUAUCCUUUCGAACACGAAAAGGAGUAUUGGUUCGAAAGCAGGAUCGACAGGAACUCUCGAUUCCAGUAUCCAGCUCAGAAGCUUCUCGGUAAGAGAGUGGAAGACUGGAAUCCCUUAGAGCCAAGAUGGCGUAAUAUUAUCAGAGCAUCAGAUUAUCCUUGGAUUAGGGAUCACAAUGUAAACAAUACUGACUUAUUGCCCGCUGCUGGUAUGCUUGUGAUGGCACUUGAGGCUUCUCGACAACUUUCGGACAGCACCCGAAAAGCGAAAGGGUACGAAUUUGCCGAUGUUUCUUUCAAAAGACCAUUAGUAAUACUCCCAAACGACGAAGGAGUCGAGAUACAAGUAUACUUGAAACCCGGAGUUGAGAGAGCGGGCCUAACAAGAAGCUCGUUUCGUAUCUGCGCUUACGAAGACCGAGCAUGGUCAGAAAUUUGUGAUGGGCAUAUCAGUAUCGAAUUCAUAAACGAGAGCAGCAGUUUUGAUGAGGGACCCGCGUUAGAGUGCGUCACGCAAUCCUAUGAGAAAGAAUGCACUGAGCGCAAAGCUAGAUGCACCUUGUCAUUAUCUUCGAAGGAAUUUUAUGCCCGAAUGGUGGCGUACGGUUACAAUUUUGGACCUAAAUUUCAGUCUCUAAAGGAAUUGAAGCACAACGAUGACAAGGAAGCAGUUGCUAUUAUAAACCUUCUAGACUGGCAACUCGAAGACUAUCUCAUACACCCCACAGUCUUGGACUCAUUUCUUCAGCUAUCUCUGUUAGCAAAUACAAACGGCGGGGCUGAAAAACUACCCACGAUGGUCCCGACAAUUUGUCGCAAAUUUUGGAUUUCUGCAGACAUAAAUUCUAAACCUUCCACUUCGACAAUGCACUUGUACGUCAAAGGCCAGUCACAAGGGUUUCGACAGGCACGAUCAAACAUCAUUAUUCUCCAAGGGGACCGAAAAAGUCUUGCUGCACAUGGAGAAUUCCAAGCGACGGUGACUACUGAAUCAUCCCCAACGAGCCCCAAUGACUUGGAAAAGCAUAAGAGAUUUUGCUACAACAUGGAAUGGAAACCCGAUCAUAGAUUCCUCAGUCAAGAAAAGCUCAUAUCGUACUGUACUGACAAAGUGAUCAAUAAUGUCCAAUGGCUCAGCACAAUAGAAGACAGAAGCUUACUCGUCCACAUGGGCUGGGAAAGAGUUGCUCGAGAGUACGCAAAGAACCCGGACAUGUUACCACACUCAAAACCUCAUCUCGAAAAAUAUCUGAAGCUAGGAGAACGACGGCUUGCAGCCUACCCCAAGAAGGAACUCCUUCAAAGCAUGACUUUGACAGAUGGAGAGUUUGAAGACCUGUGCGUCACUGUUGCGGGCCAGAAUCCCGAGGGAAUGGUCUUAGUCAACGUACUCAUGAACCUAUUCUCCGUUCUGACCGGCAAGCUUGACCCGCUUGAACUCAUGUUCAAAGAUGGGUUGAUCAACAAAUUAUAUGCUUAUAUGCAUGAAUCUGUCACUUUCCAAAGUCUUCUCGGUUAUGUGGAAUUGCUUGCCCACAAAACUCCGAAUAUGAAGAUUCUUGAGUUGGGUGCAGGAACAGGAGGAGCCACACAGGGAGUCAUUAACACACUUACGAGCACUGGGACUUGUCUUUUUUCCGAAUACACCUUUACUGAUAUUGCACCAAGUUUUUUCCAGGCUGCUGAAGAGAAGUUCCGCACUCGUGGUAGUCGAAUGGUAUACAAGCAGUUGGAUAUUGAGAGGGAUCCUCGGAACCAGGGGUUUGAGGCUGGAAGAUACGACGUGAUCGUGGCUUCAAAUGUGUUGCAUGCAACAGCAAGUCUCAAAAACACUCUCAACAAUGCACGUAUUCUUCUCAAACCAGGAGGAAAACUUCUAAUGUAUGAAUACACUGACAUAAACGAACCGGUUUCGAGUUUCAUAUUCGGUUUACUGCCUGGAUGGUGGCUUGGCACCGAGGAUGUGAGGAAAUGGGGACCCACGGUACCAAGAAUCGUUUGGGAUGAGUAUCUAAAGGAUUCUGGAUUUACUGGCAUUGACGUUGCCUUUCCACUCCAUGAAGAUUUUGAGCCGUUCAGUGGGAUGGUAGCAACAGCAGCAGCAACUCUUGACGGAACUACCCAGAACGAUGCAAAUAUUGGAAUUUUGAUAAACUUUAGAUCUAUAUCACAAAACGAAAUUGCGAAGAAGCUUCAGGACCUCUUUAGGGAGUCGUCGGCGAGAUGCGAUAUUGUUUCGCUGGAGAAUGUCGGGGAUAACGACUAUAACUGCCACAAUCUAUGGAUAUCACUGCUAGAAGUUGGGGAGCACUUCUUGUACCAAAUAUCAGACCAACGCCUUGAUACGCUACGAAAAGUAAUUUCAAAUGCCGAAACAAUUGUUUGGAUAGGAUCCCAGGCUUCCAACGAAUCCGGGCCACAGCUGCUGGAAAACAUGGCAACUGGUUUCAUCAGAUGUAUGAGGGCUGAGAAUCCGCAGACGAAGUUCGUCAAUAUCAUGAUGGGGGACUGGCAUUGUGCUACUCCGACACUCGAAGCGUUGUCCAGCAUAACAAUGGCAACGUUUGAAGCAUCGCUAGACGAAUACGAACCGGAGUUCUUGGAGAAAGAUGGAGCGUUCAACAUCAAUCGUCUGGUCGAGAGUCAAAUGAACCAAGUCAUCUCAAACAAAACUACAGAGCAAUCUGCCUAUAUCCAAACACUCGGACAAGAGCCGUCGCGACGAUUGAAGCUGAGUGUCGCACGGCCAGGAAUGCUGGAUUCAUUCCAAUACAUUGACGAAGUGACGAGCUUCGCAGUCCCACUGGGACCCGACGAGAUUGAAGUUCAAGUCAAGGUAAUGGGGCUUAAUUUUCGGGAUGUGUUGAUCGCCUUGGGACAAGAGCCCGCUUCGCACUUCGGGUUCGAAUGCUCGGGCGUUGUUCUCAAUGUCGGAUCAGAUAUCGCAAAUGAAGUCAAACCGGGUGACAGAGUAGCUUGCAUCAAAGCAGGUUGCUUCCAAACGGUUGUUCGAUGCAAGUGGAACGCGGCACUGAAGAUCCCGGAUUCCAUGUCUUUCGAGACAGCAGCUGCAUUUCCGAUUACAUACAAUUCUGCAUAUCACGCCAUAUACAGACUUGCAUCCAUGAAACCCAAAGAAAGUAUUCUUGUACAUUCAGGUUCCGGCGGCCUUGGACAAGCUUGUAUACAAUUAGCGAAGCUUCUCGACGCCACUAUAUACGCUACCGUGAGCUCGGAGGCAAAGAAGCAAUUCCUAAUUGACAAGUACGACAUCUCCCCGCAACGAAUCUUCUCCAGCAGGAACUUGUCCUUUGCCGAUGGGAUUAUGGCUCUUACAGGUGGCCGUGGGGUGGAUGUGAUUAUCAACUCCCUCUCAGGUGCGGCUCUUCAACGUACCUGGGAAUGUAUUGCACCAUUCGGUCGGUUCAUCGAAAUGGGAAAAAGAGAUAUCCACAACUUUGGGACUCUUCCGAUGUUCCCUUUCUCUCAGGGCGCUACAUUUUCGAGCUUCGACCUCUUUCAAAUGUGGCAUUUUCCAGAAACUGCGAAAAGUGUCUUUGAAACCACCAUGAAGCUUCUUGUAGAUGGUCUUGUGACGAUCCCAACACCUUUACAUGAAUAUCAGGGCACUGAGAUAGUAGAGGCGUUUAGAUAUCUAGAGAGUGGUAAUAGCUGUGGAAAGAUCGUUAUCCACAUUAAUCCAGAUGACAAGGUUAUGGUUGCACCCAGUAGCCAAUGGAAAUGCAAAUUUGAUCCAGCUGCUACGUAUUUGAUCGCUGGAGGUCUUGGAGGAAUCGGAAGAAGUAUAGCUCAGUGGAUGGUAGAUAACGGUGCAAAGAAUUUGAUACUUCUCUCUCGAAGUAAAAAUCACAGUGAAGCUGCCAGGAGUAUGCUGGAAGGAUUCCGAAAUAAGGGUAUCCAGGUCUAUACACCGCCGUGCGAUAUCAGCUUCGAGACUUCAUUGAGGAAUGCUCUUCAGGCUUGUGGUAGCAUACCGCCAAUAAAGGGAUGUAUUCAAGCAUCGAUGGUGUUAAGGGAUACUCUAUUCGAAUCGAUGACAGCAGAAGAUAUGGCAGAAGCCACCAAGCCGAAAGUUGACGGCUCUUGGAAUCUCCAUAAACUCCUCCCUACCGGUCUCGACUUUUUCGUGCUUCUAUCUUCAGCUGCUGGGAUAGUCGGCACGCUAUUCCAAUCAAACUACGCCGCAGGAAACACGUUCCAGGAUGCGCUAGCAGCUCACCGCGUCAACAGCGGAGAGAAAGCUCUUUCUCUCGACCUCGGGAUCAUUUCCGAUGUAGGUCAUGUUGCUGAAGAGGACUUGACCGAUGCCCUUGGUAUUGAAUAUUAUGGCGGGGUAACGAAAAAGGAUAUACUUGCGAUGCUAGACCUGGCGUGCGACAAUACUCAGUCAUUGCAAGCUGCUCAAGAGAUCAUAGGGGUUGAUGCUCUUCGUGCAAACAAGUUCCGUGGGAGUGAAGGCACAAUUCUACUACGGCGUCCCUUGUUUAGACAUCUAUUCCAGAUGUCCGAGCAGGAAACCAGAGACCAACAACAUGAUCAGGAAAUCAACAACUAUCGAGAUACGAUCAUGGCGGCACAAUCAAUGAAGGAGGUUCGCGAGAUUAUCUUGAGCGCGUUGCUGGAUAAACUUUCGAAAACGUUAGCUGUCGACAAGAAGGGCCUUGAUAUAGUAAAGCCAAUGCAUUCAUACGGCCUGGACUCUCUCUCGGCCGUCGAGAUGAGGGCUUGGUUCGGUAAUGCCAUCGCUGCUGACGUCGCGGUUUUCCACAUAUUGGGCAAUAGUAGUAUCGAGCAAAUGGUGACGAGUAUUGCACCGAAGAGUAAGUUCUUGUCGGAGAAAGUAAAAGGGGAAGUCAGCUUUUAA